AUGGCGAAAUGCAGUUGGAAUGUUUUGCUGUCAAUAAUAUCGAAAGUGGAAGUUUGGAAAGGAAAUAUCGACCAGAGAUUCGAAGGAAGAACUGUUGGAGAAAUGCCAAUUGUUCUAAAUGGUAGCUAA